UUUCACUCCGACGAUUAGGUAAACCACGGACCUCGGUUUGAAAUUUUUUAUCAAAAUGGGUAUUACAUUAAAUCGAAAUUAAACAUUAUUUAGCUUCCUAUCUAUUCUUUCGAGAAACAAAAUGCGUGUUUUAAUCUUCAUUCUUAUCUGUGUCUUACAAAUUCGGUUCAAUUGGGCACAGGAAAACAUUGUUCCGAUUCAGUUGCCCAAUGGCACAAUAUCAAAUAUCACCUUCAUAGCGGUGAAUUUAACCAUCAUAGAAAAACAACUACCAGACUUCAUCGAAAAUAACCUACAAUCUCUCGGUUUAGAACGCAACUGGACUUCAGCGAGUAACAGAACCUCCAAUAAUUUCACAGCUUCGCCUUACAUCAUGGGCAAUUACCCGCGUGAUUUACGUAACGUAUCGAUCAAUGAGGCGAAAUUUGAAUGCCCCAAGAACAAUGAAACUAGCGACUAUAAUGAGACCAUACAAGGGAGAAUUAGACAUCAACAAAUAAGCUGGAGGAUAGUUGAUUUCGAAGAACCGAAUUUAACAGUCAUCACCAAGUUGAGCAUGCCGAAAAAUUCAACUAAUAAUGAAACCUAUAUAGUAGAGAAUCCCACUUCCGCUGACGAUGGCUUUUACAUGUGCAUCGUCCAUGAUGACGAAGAAAUCUUUGCCGCAAGAGCAGCAGUUUUAACCGUUUUUGAUCCACCGAAGAAAAAAAAUACGGAUUCCUAUACACUCCCUAUAAUAAUAGCAAUUGUAUCGGCUGUUCUUAUUUUUGUCUUGCUAGGAGGUAUCACCAUAAGGUACAGAAGGCAAAAAGCGAUCUUGAUAUCCAGAGCCAACGAAGCGGAGGCGUUCAAAAAUUGGGUCAAAACAGUGAUAAUAGAACGAGACGGAGAUUCCACAGAUAUUUUGAAGAGUCCAGUAGUACGAAUUGAACGUAAACAACUGAGAGGCAAACAUGGAUACGCCGAGAAUAUGGAAUACGAACUACCCCCAGAUACCAAAUGGGAAUUCCCCAGAGAACACUUGAGAUUAAGCGGUGCUUUGGGAGAGGGAGAGUUCGGCAAAGUUGUACAAGGAGAAGCUUACAAUAUCUACGAUUCGGAAACCUGGUCUACUGUGGCUGUAAAAAUGCUCAAAGAUAAUCAUACCGACGAAGAGAUGGUAAAUAUGGUAGCCGAAGUCGAAAUUAUGAAGAUGAUUGGUGCACAUAAACACGUUUUGCGACUAUUAGGAUGCUGCAGCCAAGCUGGUCCAUUGCUGGUGAUUAUGGAAUACGCUGUUCAUGGCAAUUUGAGAGACUUUCUCAGAUAUUACAAUUCUUCUUCGUGUGAUUCGACCGAAUUGGAGGCGAGAUUCGUGAUGAAUAACAAAGCUUUGAUCAAUUUCGCUCGACAAAUCGCUGAAGGAAUGGAUUACUUGGCUUCGAUAAAGUGUGUACAUCGUGAUUUGGCUGCUCGAAAUGUGUUGGUUUGCGAAGACUAUAUCAUGAAGGUGGCAGAUUUCGGUUUAGCUCGUGAUAUCCAUAGCAAUGAAUACUAUAGAAAAAAAUCCAAAGGAAAAUUGCCUGUGAAAUGGAUGGCUCCUGAAGCUUUGUUCCAAAGACUUUACACGUGUAAAUCGGAUAUCUGGUCUUAUGGAAUACUGCUUUGGGAAAUAACAACCAGAGGAGGUGUCCCUUAUCCCUCUCUUCCAUGCAUUGAGAAACUAUUUCAACUUUUACAAGAAGGAUAUCGCAUGGAAAGUCCUAAAAAUUGUCCUCCUAAACUAUACACUCUGAUGCGUAACUGCUGGGACGAUGAUCCGAAUGAACGACCCGAUUUCCAAAAAAUCAUACAAGACUUGGACGAAAUAUUAGCUGAUAACGAUGGCUUAGAUAUCAUUCCUUCUCCAAUCCAAUCGAUACAUUCAUCGGUAGAGAAUCUUUACUCGAGCAGCGACGAAGAAGACGAUAGUGAUGGAAAAGACGAUGACACCAAAAAAGUGCACUAUCCGUUAUUGAAAGAACGACCUACGAGUAUGCAAUCGGUGAAUUAUCCUUUCAUGGAAAAACAAAUGUUGGAAAAACUGAGUUCUGUUUCGGGAGAUGGUGUGAAUGUGCGACAUUCUUUCACCAUUUCCGAAGGAAAAGAUUAUACUUCAUCGUAAACUGAGGCUGAGGCAUAUAUUUUUGUGGGAAAUGGGACAUUAUCUUAUAACUAGUCCUUUUACUUACUUACUAUUCGCUUAAAUUAUCGUUUUCGUGAAUUGUUUUUCUAUAGGAAGUUCUAAAAUUUUACAUGGAAUUUCUUGGCUCUCUUUUUGACAAGAAUCAUUUUUACAAUUUAUUUUUUGAAGAUUUAUUACUUCAAGGUGACUGAAAGUAUACCUACUACAAGCUCAAUUAGUUUAUUAAAUGCAUUGCAUUUAUGAUAAGUUAUUGAUAUUCAAUUCAUCUUAUUAUUUAAAUUCUAAGAAAAGAGUUAGAACUCUAAAACAAUGACGAGCGAAUUGAAAAUGGUAAAUAUAAGGGAAUACGUUUUGCAAAGAAAUUUCAAAUGUUGGCGAAAGAUGACCAUUAAAAACUUCAACCAUAAUUUUACCUUGAAUGUUAGGUACUUACUUACAAGGAGAGUAUCAGUAUUCCAACAGUCGCUCAAAUUUUUGAACAGAACAAAAAUGAAUCGAGAGAGGACCCCCAAAAAAAACACCAAACAAAAUUUCAGGUUCUGAAAUUAAUUUUUUAGAUUUCUGGAACAUUUUUAAAAAUUCAAAAACUUAUUUUUCUUUUCAUCAAAAAAAAAAAUAAAUUCUCAUGAAAGGCUGAAAUUUAGUUUGAAUCCUAUUUUCGACCGACUGAAUCGAUUUAUGACAAAGUAAAAUAAAAACGUCCUGGAGCCUCCAAUGCAUUUUAUUAUUCUCCAGUUUUAGCAAGGUGGGAGGAGCUGUAAGUAGGAUGAAAAUUGAGUUCAGUGCCAAAAUUUGGAUGCCACUCGAUCGAUUUAGGCACAUCUGCUUCAAAUACAAAAUCAAAAUUCAACAGAGGUUCAGAACGGUUUGAAAUCAUUAAAAAAAACUCGAACGAUCCAGAAUAGGUUACAAACCAAUUCUUUCUUCGUUACUUAUUUAUUUAUUUUUAAAAUAACCACUGUAGAAAAUUUUGGGUUUGAACCAGUAUGAAAAAUAUUUUGAAAAUAUGUGCUCAAAUCGUUCAAUUGUGUCACAAAAAUAGUAAAUCCAAGUUUAUAGGUGUUGAAUUUCAUCUUUCAUCCUAUUUACAGCGUUUUUUCAAAAACUGUUUAGUCUACAAACCCACUGGAGGCUUCAAAAUGGUUCGAAAUCAUCACCAAUCGACUCGGAAGGUCAAAAAUAUGGCACAAAUCGAACAGCUUUUUAUUUCAAUUUGAUCAAAUUUUAAUUUUUUGUCAUGUCAUAAGAUAUAGACUGAUGGUUUUGAAUUUUUUAAAAUUCACCAAAAAUCGAAAAAUGAAUUUCGGCACCUGAGGUUUGAGCUGGAGGUCUAUUUUGGGGUCUUAUUUUAAUAUUCCUCUUUGUCCUAUUCAAAAGUUUUGGUGCUGGUUGGAAUACCUACUAAAGUACUUUUGUUACCUUGGGUACUUUUUUUUUCUUCAAAUUACGUACCUAGGUACUCUAUUGGGCAGUGGGCACAUUAAGUGGUGUUUUUUUAAAGGAAUUUUUAAAAUGAUUUUUCAUGAUUUACUUACCUAAUUGAUUGACUUAAGUAGGAUAUUAUUUUGUUAUUUUUUCUAGUAUAGUAAAGUUCACACGAACUUAUUUACAUAGGUAUAGUAUUCUAAAAUAAAUGUUUGCACCUAUUUUGUACCUUUAAUAAAAGGUAUGAUUUUUCUCGAA